AUGCCUUAUUCAGAUCCAGCUAUUAAGGAUGAGCGAACACCCCUGAGGGCACCAGCGCUGCAUUCAACAAAGUCUUCGACUUCGUUGGGACCUUCAGGUGGUGCAGGAAGUACCGGGGGUAUGGGGACUACAGGAUUGGGUUCAAACAUUUCAGAAGAGUCUUAUCCAAUACAAGAUGUUUCUCCAUUAGAUGUUGUUGUGGUGCUGUUUGAUUUUCCACCGAAGAGAAGUUCAAGUUCAAAGAGUUUAUUACCGCUUCUACAAGGUGAUACGGUGUAUGUGUUGGGCAAAACAGAUAACGGUUGGUGGGAUGGUAUUGUAAUUGAUAGCUUAGGCCGUGUCAGCCGUGGAUGGUUUCCUCGUAAUUAUGCUAGGUCAUUACAACAUUUUCCAGGACACCCCAGUAAUGCGCAAGUGACUGCAGGUGGUGGUAGUAGUAGUGGCAUGUUACAAUCACAAACACAAUCGCAGCCGAUGCAGGGACCUAGCGGUAGAACUGCAGCAGCGGCAGCUUUGGGAUCUCGCGUUAAAAAGGGGCCUACUACAGCUGUGGCCAUGAGACAGAGUACUUCAAGUGGUAGUUCGAGACGGGAUAGUUUGCCAGCGCAGGCGCAGGCUCAAACACAGGCCUCUCAAGCUCAUGCUGCGCAGUCCCGUAGGCCUAGCGUCCCUGUUUCUGUAAGACCUCAAAUUCAAAAUCACACGCCUUCAAAUUCGACGGCAGGUUCGUCGUCAAUGUCUCCCACAACCUCUAACCUUGGUAUUGGUAAUGAGGACAAAAUUUCUAAACCACCUCAACCAAAACAACGUCAAAAGGAUAAACGAUCUGGUUCACAGCAAGACCAUUCUGAAACGAAUGAAGUUACUGUUUUGCCACUACAAGAGAUUGAGAUGAUAUUCAACAGUUUAAACGUAGAUUUUGUACCACUUUGGACACCAGUACCAAGCACUACAGGCGAUAGAGUUUUGUAUUACAACAAACAACUAGACAUUUAUUGUGAUCAGUUACCUCUUUUAUCAAACCCGCCACUGGAGAAUACUACUAAUUUUACGAGUGAUGAUCAUCUAGUAGAUUUGAAUCCGAAAACGGUAGUGGGGCCAGCUUCUCAUAAUGAAAAAACUUUUAAGGUGGUUUCAUAUUCUGGUAGAAGUACCGCAGCUUCCAUUAGUAACAACAAAUCCUCUUCAUUGUCCUCUUCAUCAUUUAAAAACGAUUCUUCAAGACCCAGUAUCGAUUCUACAAAUAAUAACCGUAACGGAUCCUUUUCUACACCAAAUUAUAUACCAUGUCAUCGCGUGGUGUCUGAGGGAUCCGGUUUGCAGCAACAAGUGGGAAAGCCGGCUGGAAUACCUACUGUUUCACAAUCAAUGACUUCUUCAGCCUUGCGGAAAAAACCACAAUUCACGCAACCCGCCUUCCAGCAUGGAUCGCAUAAGAGGAACGCUAGAGCCAUUUUAUCAGAACCGGAAUUGUUCUAUCAUCAUACUAUGGAUGUCAAAGUUUGGCCAGAAUUGCGUGACACUAUGCUUUAUUAUGCUCGUAAAGCUCAUGAGAUGUUCUUAAAAGACAACAGGGUCGAUUUUGGAAGAUAUUUCCAGCUGGUUUCCACUUAUACUGCUUAUACUCAAAUAGCCUGUAGAUUGUGUUCUAUCCAAUCUCAGCAUAAGCAACAUUUGAAAGAAUUGAAACGUUUGUUGAAAAAAAUUAUACUUUCCUUGUCUCGAUUGAGUAUUAAUUCGAGUCUGUAUUUCCUGCAUUCACAACGUAACUCGAUCCGGACCCAAAGUACUCCUCGUACUUCUCAAUCACAAACACAAUUAUCCGACGUUGCAGAAAAGAUCAUGCAACGUCCCUCAACAAGUUCUAGUUUGUCUAAGGAUGUUACUCCUUAUAUUCAUUCUAUUAAUGCAUCAAGUUCAGAAGAGUUACCUUUUCCUACUAGCGCUUCUUAUCCGAUGACAAACACUCAAAGAAACAACUCUGCGGCAACAGCACGUACAUCUAUCCCCAGUUCAGCAGAUGAUGGUGCCUUAGAGAGAGAGAGUUCAGCCUUAAUGAGUAACAUGUUCACUGGUAUAGACCUUGAGUUCAGCCAUUUUAUCAGGACUUUACAAAUGUUAUAUCACCUAUUGCAAUUUUCAGUGGCCCGUACGGAUUGGAUUCCCCAGAUGUUUCCACGCUUUUUCAGAGGCUCCUUCAAUGGUGGAUCGUGGACAAACCCUUUUAGUCAUCCGGCUACAUCAACUACAAAUGGUCCUGUUGACGUUAAAAGAGGUGGUAAUGAAGGUGGUACAAAUAAUUCCGCAACUACCUCGACAGCUAGCGCAAUGGGUGGGUUUCCUCAAAAGGUCGCCGAAGCUAUUGCACGCGCUGGUGGCUACGAUUUAAAUGAGAUGAUAGACGGAGCAAUAUGGGAUUCAAGAUCUGCUCCCAACAGAACUUUCAUAAAAAAUCAACGGGUUUUACAAAGAAGUGUUUUCAAUAGACCAUCACAUCAUCGAACUUUCUCUAGAGCUAAAGCACCGAAGAUCGUUCAAUAUGCCCUUAAUGAAAAUACUGUGAAUUUGAUGAAGAAGCGAUUUACAGCAUUGACAUCCAAAUUCCAGACAACAGAGUUAGGAAACGAAGAAUUUUAUCCCGAAGAAGAGGUCAAAACUAAAAGAAAGACGUUAGAAAUUAUAUCUCAGGUCUACGAGGAAGUCAGUUCUACUGGAAUGUUAGAAAUUUUGGAAAACUUAAAUAUAAACAUUUUUGUGAAUUUGAAGAAUCUUCUAGGGGAUAACAAAUCUGAUUCAGAAGGCGAAGAGUUCUUGAAACAUCAACUUUCCUCGAUUUCCACAUUGUUAACUGAAUUUUUCGAUAUCAAACAAGCCUUCCAUGAUAUCGUCAUUUCGCUUGUGAUGAGUACUCAACAAAUUACUUUGAGUGACCCUUACGUCUUUUGCCCUAUGAAGUCUAAUUUUCCCGUUGGAUAUUUCGAACCAGGCCUCAGUUUCGCUCAAGUCAGUAAAGCUGAUAAGAUGGCAAUUGAUUUUUAUAAGUAUUUGGUAAAUCAAGAUGUUGAAGUUAAUGGAAUGAAAUAUCUGAGAGCCACCGAUGAUUUGAAUGACGCAUCUAACAAUUAUAGAGAGGUUGCUUAUCUGUCUUGUGUCAUUGUGGAACAAUUGACACGGGAAAGGGAAAAUUUACUUAACUAUGCUACAAGGAUGAUGAAGAGUGAUUUAACUGCAGCUUUGCUCGAGGGUGAGCAAGAUAAAUGGUUUGAGGACUAUUCUCUGUUUGGUCUUCACGGUGAAGAUGGCGAAAGUUCUGUGGCUGCUCAUUCUGAAGAUGAAAGUGAAGGAACCACAGUUAACAGUACAGAAAAGGAUAUGCCAUGGUUUUUAAUGUCAGAUCAUGAACAAGAAUUGAUUUAUGAUCAAAAGGGAAGGAUCAAAGGUGGAACAAAGGACGCCUUGAUCGAAUACUUAACUAAUCCAGAAGUGGUAGAUGCAUGGUUUAAUGUCACCAUGCUACUUACUUUUAAAAGCAUGUUCAGCACAAGAGAAUUUUUGUACACCCUAAUUUAUCGAUACAACUCCUACCCACCCGAGGGCUUAAGUUACGAUGAGUACAAUUUAUGGAUUGAAAAGAAGUUGCAACCAAUUAAGCUCCGAGUUAUCAGCAUCAUGAAGUCGCUUUUCUCCCAUUACUGGAACCCAAGCUACUAUGAUCCAGGCCUGGCAUCUGUUUUGAAUUUUGCUCAAAAUGCAUGUAAUGAACAAGUUCCAGGUGCCAAUGAGCUUAGAAUUGUAAUCAAGGACAUUAUGGCGAACAAUGGGAGACCAAAGGGUGAUUUCGAGGACCUCGGUGAGCAGAUUCGUAGUAGUCCCGUAUCUGAUACAAGCUCGGUGAGAAGCGCUCUUCUUUCAAGUUCAGUGGCAGGUUCCACUUCUCAUUCUUUACACAACUUCAGGAAGAUAAAGCUACUCGAUAUCGACCCUCGUACUUAUGCUUCUCAAUUGACUAUUAUGGAGCAUAACAACUACCUUCGCAUAUCAAUCUUCGAGUGUUUGGACAGAGCUUGGGGUACGAAAUAUGGAGAACUGGGAGGUUCCUCCAAUAUAACUAAAUUUAUCGCUAGCGCGAAUAAUUUAACGAAUUACGUUUCAUACACUAUUGUCAAACAACCUGAUGCCAAAAUGCGUGCGAGACUUAUAAUGUAUUUCAUUACGGUGGCCCAGUACUGUCGAGAAUUACACAACUUUUCUUCAAUGACAGCCAUUGUUUCAGCACUGUGUUCUUCGCCAAUUUUCCGUUUGAAGAAAACAUGGCCAUUGGUCAAUAAAGAAUGCAAGGAGUUUUUAGAUGAGAUGAAUACCCUAAUGGACUCCACUAAGAACUUCAUUAAUUACAGAGAACUUUUGAGAUCUCUGAGGGAUGUGGCUUGUGUUCCUUUCUUCGGCGUGUUUUUGUCAGAUUUAACAUUUAUCUGUGGUGGUAAUCCUGAUUUCCUUUUCGGAUCAUCUGAUAUUGUUAAUUUCGGUAAGCGUGCUCGUACUGUAGACAUUUUGGAAGGUAGUAUGAGUUUUAAGAAAGUUUACUAUAAAUUGAAAAGGUACGAAGAUAUCCAAGAAAUUUUAGAGGAGUCUUUAUGCAACGUUCCUCACAUUGAAAAGCAGUACGAAACAUCAUUACAAAUUGAACCUAGGGAGGAACCUUCUAAUCGUUCUACAGGUCAUCAUGAUGGCUCAGCUAAAACAGGUUAUGGAUCUCAUUCUAUUAAUGAUAAUUCUUCUGGUAAGCUUUUAAAAUUGGGUAAAAAGAAACAGUCAUCAAGACUGUUUGGUUAA